UUCAUUCGAAGAGAGAUCAGAGAAAGAGGGAACACAGAAAUUUGGUCUCAACACAGCAAAAAUGGUGCAACUGAAGAAUAAGCAAGUAAUUCUAAAGAAGUAUGUGUCUGGAUUUCCCAGAGAAUCCGAUUUGCAAGUGGUUGAAAAUUUCAUCGAAUUGAAGAAGGUUCCAGAAGGUUCGAAUCAGAUUCUGCCCAAGAAUCUCUACUUAUCCUGUGAUCCCUAUCAGCGAGCCAUGAUGAGCAAUUCAUUUGUUUCCAGAUUUGGUUCUUAUACUCCUGGUGCUCCAAUACAUGGAUAUGGUGUGGCUAAAGUUGUUGAAUCUGGGCAUCCUGACUAUGAAAAGGAUGAUCUAGUUUGGGGAUAUGCUAUCUGGGAAGAGUACAGCCUGGUUCCCUCAAGCCAUAUGCUUUUCAAAAUAGAGCACACCAAUGUUCCACUUUCUUACUAUACUGGAAUUCUUGGUGUGCUAGGAAUAACUGCAUAUGCUGGUUUCUAUGAAAUAGGAUGUCCCAAGAAAGAAGAUUGUGCUUUUGUCUCAGACGCAUCUGGAGGAAUUGGUCAACUUGUUGGCCAAUUCGCAAAACUCUUAGGUUGUUAUGUUGUGGGAAGUGCAGGAAGUAAAGAGAAGGUGGAUCUAUUGAAGAAUAAACUGGGAUUUGAUGAGGCUUUCAACUACAAGGAAGAGCCUGACUUGGAUGCUACAUUAAAAAGGUACUUCCCAAAAGGCAUUGACAUUUACUUCGACAACGUAGGAGGUAAAACACUUGACAUGGUGCUUGUGAACAUAAGAAUCCAUGGCCGAAUAUGCCAAUGUGGAAUGAUCUCACAGUAUAAUCUUGAUCAACCUGAAGGCAUAACAAAUCUAGCACAACUCAUUUAUAAGAGAGUUCGCAUGCAUGGAUUUAGUGCAAGUGAUUAUUAUCAGCUCUAUCCUAAAUAUUUAGGGUUCAUAUUGCCUCUUAUCAAAGAAGGGAAGAUAGUGUAUGUGGAAGUUAAAGUUGAAGGCCUUGAGAAUGGCCCUGCAGCUUUGGUUGGUCUCUAUGGUGGUCACAAUGUUGGCAAACAAGUUGUGGUCAUUGCUCAUGAGUGAUAUUAGGGAUCAUGAUCCUCUACAUGAUAUAUACAUCUCAUUAUUUUGUACCAUUGUAUGUCGGGAGGAUCACAAGGUCCUUUGUAGGGGAUUUCUUUAUACUUGGGUCCUUUUCUUAAAAAAAUAGUUGUUAAUAUAGUAUAUCAUAAUUGUCAUUAAUCUUAAAAGGGUUUUAAUUCAAAGGAAUCAAAUUAUAAGCAAGUCAAGAUAUCUAGUUGUCAUUCUCUCUUGUUAAUGUUAUACUAAUAUGUGUGAUAUCCACUAUAGGAACA